AGUGUGUUUGCCUGUAAUUUUCAUAGACAGUAAAAGAAAUGAGUAAUUUUAUCUCUGUAUUUGAGUACGUUAUGUUUUCUGCACGGGUCGAUGACGUAUUUCCGCUUCCGUCACGGCGCGAUUUGAAGCGGGUGAGCAGCGCGACGCACAGAAGUGAGAAGAUGUCAGUGGACCGAGCUGCUGCUGCUGCUGCUGCUGAUGAUGAUGAUGGUGGUGGUGGUGGUCUUCCUCUCUCUCUGACCCGUUCCUGGCCGUCGUCUCUCUCAGCGCUCUCAUCAUCUCGUCAGGUCACCGCUCGUCUCUAUAGCUCUUUACAGCACAGCCGACAGCAGGAGGUCAAAGGUCACGCGGACAGGCAGGUGUCGUUCGCUCUGUCCUCUCCUGAUCUCACCGCAGCCACGCCCCCUCUCCUCUCUCAUGGGCUGCAGGACCUCAGCCUGGACUCCGCCUCCUCGUGUGAUGUAAUUGGCUCAGGAGUGGAGGGGGUGGAGUCAGAGGCGGAUCUUCAGAACAGUCUGAGCAGUUCUGCACAGCUGACGAGCGGCAGGAAGCACAUAGAGGAAAUGGAGAAUGUAAGGACACACUUACAGUCCAUGCUGAGAAACACACCGACAUCAUCAGACAGACACGACUUCCUGACCCCUGCAUCGCAGCGCAUCCUGGAUAAUUCACACGAAAGUGACGCCACAUCACACCUGCUCAGUGCGGGGCUGUCCGUGGCUGGCGUGGAGCAGCUGUUCCCGCGGUAUUCCCGUCUCCACGCGGACUGGAGCGGUGGUGUGUCGGAGCUGCAGGUGUUGAGAGAGAGUCUGGACCGAGAGAGAGAGCGCAGGAAGGUGUGUGAGCAGCAGGUGGCGUCUCUCCACAGUAAAGCGCUUCAGCUUCAGCAGCAGUUAACACUCGCUGUGUCUGCUGACCGCAAGAAAGACAUCAUGAUCGAGCAACUGGACAAGACGCUGGUGAAGGUGGUCGAGGGCUGGAAGAAACAUGAUCAGGAGCAAAACGAGGAAAAGAAACGCCUGCUCGAGGAGAAGGAGACCGCAGAGAGAGCACACAACACACACCAACAGGCUCUGUCUCGUGUCGAGCAGAAACUCUCUCAGGUAGAAGAAACUCUACAGCAGCAGCAGAAACACAAGCAGGAGCUACAGAAGACCAACAAACACCUGGAGCAGGAGGCGUGUGAGCUGCGUCUGCGUGUGGAGGAGCUCCAGCAGGAGGAGCAGAAGCUGCGCAGAGAUGCAGACAGACUCCGAGAACAGCUGCACCAGCUCCAGACGGAGACACACCACACACACACACACACACAGCAGCUCCAGCAGCAGCUCACACACGCCACGCAGCAGCUGCACACACACACGGAGCAGCUGAAACAGGAAGUGUCUGCGCGUGAAGAGACCGAGAGCAGGACACGACAGAUACAGGAAGAGCUGGAGCAGAUCAGGAGAGAGAGAGACACGCUGAGAGUGGACCGGGCGCUGGACCAGACGCGGUUCGAGGCGCAGAAGUCUCAGAUGGAGGCGGAGUUUCGUCUGUCGUUAGAGCAGCAGAUCAAUGAGAGACUGACGGCGGUACAGGAGGAGCACACGACACACAACACACACCUACGACAACAACACAGGAAGCAGCUGCUGGAUCUGAGUGCGCGGCACGAGCGGGAGCUGGCGGCUCAGCUGGAUCAGUUCAGGACACAGUUACAGGAGAAAGACCACAAACUGCAGCAUCUCACACACAGCUACCAGCACAAACUGUCAGAGAUGCAGGAGGAGUUGGUUUCCAUGGCAGCAUCUAAAAGGAAGCUGGAAAUGCAGAGGGAGGAGCUUGUGUCCCGCCUUCAGGGAAUGAUGCGUUCCCAUUGGGCGGAGGCUUUACGACUGUUGACCAAUCAGGAGCAGAUGGAGAGUUUUUUAUCACCCGUCCCUCAGUGGGAAGCAUCUAAAACAUCCUCUUCUCCUCCUAAGAGUGACACACAAGCGUCAGCUCCGCAGGCCGUGGUCCUGCAUCUGUCCAGAGAGAGAGAGGAGCGAGGGAUGAGACCGGAGGGGAGAGAGACGAGAGAGAUAGGGAUGAGACCGGAGGAGAGAGAGACGAGAGAGCGAGGGAUGAGACCGGAGGAGAGAGAGACGAGAGAGCGAGGGAUGAGACCGGAGGAGAGAGAGACGAGAGAGCGAGGGAUGAGACCGGAGGAGAGAGAGACGAGAGAGCGAGGGAUGAGACCGGAGGAGAGAGAGACGAGAGAGCGAGGGAUGAGACCGGAGGAGAGAGAGACGAGCUCACACUCAGAGUCUGAACUGUUGAACUGCAGCACUUCAUUCUGUCCACUGGAGCCAGUGCUGGAGCACACGGAUAUGACCGCGCUCAGUGACUGCAGUGGAUUGUGGGUCAGGCCUGUGUUCUCAGAGAAUGAAACGAUGAAAGAGAGGAACGAGGAACUGAAAGAAGCUCAAACGAAGCAGAUUCUCAAUCAAUGUGAAUCCAGUCAGAUCAGAGUGAAGCAGAGCCACGCCCCCACAGACACACAGACCAAUCACAGCGCCAGUGCAGAGAGUGGGCGGAACAGGGGAGGGGCUUCUGGAGUGUGGUAUAGCAGUGAUUCAGAGAAAGCCCCGCCCAUCAGAGAUGAAGCUCCGCCCAGCAGGACGAGAGUUUCCUCUCUGAAUGAAGACAGACAGAGUGAGCUGCAGUAUUACGUGUCAAAGCUGCUGGAGCGUUCCCCCGGCGAUCCUCUGGACGAGCCAAUCAGAGAGCAUAAACACGAGACCGAGCGUCACAUGAGCGACCCCAGAGCAAACCUGGAGCAGAAACCAGAUCAAGAGGUGUGUGUGUCUCGACGCGUCCAGAGCAGAAGAACUGUGGGCCGUAGAGGAGGAUCUCAGAGAGUCUGGAGAUGAAGCGCUGUUAUUUAUCUGCUAAUAUUUUAUAUUUGAAAUAAAAACUACUCCGUUUUUAAAGGA